UUCCGGUAUAUGUGUCUUCGAUAGGUAAGUUGUUCGUAGCUCUGAGAGGUAAUGCUUGUUUGCAUAUGUUUGCUUGGAGUCCAGUGACACAACACCUUGCUCCCGGAACAAUGUGGAAUAAAGGGCGGUCCUUCCUGAUGAUUGGUCUCACUGUCACCGUGGGGUUGUUUACAGUGGUGUAUGUGUUCCGUUCCAACAGGACUCUGCUUUCAGUCCCCAAAUACACAACCUUGAACCCUGAACUGGUUCCCAUUCAAAGAGAAAAGUUAUCAGUGAGGAUUGGUAGCUAUUCGAUGAGUUUACAUUAUCCACAGCCGAAAUCCCUGACGCCACCGAGAUCGGAUGUGAUGACAGUCACCCCUUGGUUAGCACCUGUAGUCUGGGAUGGAACCUUCGACACUUCCAUAAUCAACAGCCUGUACCAGCCACAGAACCUCACGAUAGGAACCACUGUGUUCGCUAUUGGAAAGUACACCCGGUUUAUCAAGGGAUUCCUGGAGACAGCGGAGAAGCACUUCCUGGUGGGCUACAAGGUGAACUACUACAUCUUCACUGACAAGCCUGAAGACGUGCCAAGCGUGGCCCUGGGUCCGCAGAGAAACCUCAACGUCAUUACCGUGUCCAAAUUCUCCCGCUGGCAGGAGAUCUCCAUGAGGAGGAUGGAGAGGAUCCUCAACACCAUCGAAGAGCGUCUCCUGAAAGAGGUGGACUACCUUUACUGCCUCGACGUGGACAUGCUCUUCCACAACCACUGGGGGGCGGAGGUGCUGAGCACCCUUGUGGCUUCAAUUCACCCAGGCUAUUACAAGAAUCUCAGGGAGGUGUUUCCGUACGAGCGCCGGCCUGCUUCCCAGGCCUACAUACCGCUCGACCAGGGAGAUUUCUACUAUGCCGGAGCCAUGUUCGGGGGGCUUAUCCAAAACGUGCAUGCACUAACCAAGACCUGCCACCAGGCUAUACUGAUAGACAAGCAGAAUAACAUUGAAGCGGCCUGGCAGGAAGAGAGCCACCUAAAUAAAUACCUCCUGCAGUACAAGCCCACCAAAGUGCUAUCACCAGAGUACCUGUGGGACGAUACGAAGCCCAAACCGCCUGAGAUCCACUUCAUCCGCUUCUCAACCGUGGUGAAAAACUACGCUGAGGUCCGGGAAAAUGUUUAGACAAGGGGCAUGUUUCAGAUGAUGUGGGAGUAUCUGUUAUUAUAGAGCACCUUGGUACGGAUCUGAAAUAUCACAGUGAUCUUAAAUGAUGUAUUGUUCUCUGUAUGUCAUGUCUUGUUUCAGUCGGCACGUCCCGCUGAUAAAAUCACCUCUAUGGCAUCUCUAGAGCUCUCAAACAUGUCUGCUCUCAAUCACAGCAGGCAAUAUCACUGAGGUUACCAGACCGCCCAGGAAAGCUGGAAUUUAAAAAAAAUGUUGUCCUCAUUUGUUGUCCCGGUAAACAGUAAUGUUAAAUCGUCCCAGUUUUGUAUUUUUUAUUUAUUUAUUAAGCGUAAAACUUUACCCGUGUGCUCAGCAAAUUAACAGCAGAGUAAUUUAUUACACAGUGUUAGCGCCAAUCAAAAAUAAAAUAAAUAAUUCUGGAUUAAGUGUUUUAAGAAUUAAUUAAUAUUCUGUUUAACCUCCUGCACCAUGGCUUGGUUUUUAAAGUUUUAUUUUGGUAGUGCCACCAGUUAGUCUUGAAAUCAAAGAAGUCCCGGUUUUUCGCUCUGGAGAUUUAACCCUAACCAUUAACCUGUCCCCUGCUUGAGUGAAUGCAAGAAAUAUCACAUUUCUUCAAUGUGGUGCUGUAUUUCUUACACCCACUGGGGGCAGAGUUGCUUUACCCGUCAAUGAUAUGCAAAGACUAAUCUUAAAGCACUGAUACAGAAAGUAAAUUAAUUAGUUCAUUAUAUUAUACCAAAACAAUUGCUGUAAUACAUUUUUGCAUGAUUUGAGUGUAUAUAAUAUCUUAUUGAUUAACUGUUUUGGUAACUCCCUUAUUCCUGUUUGUUUAAAUUAAAGCAGUUUGUAUCCAACCCUAGGAGUUUAAAAUAUGUUAAGAACAGAAAGUCACAGAAAGCUUGAUUUUUCAAGAUUGAGCCUCAGUUGUGUAACACUGUGGUUUUAUCAUAUGAGUUAUACUAGUAAACAAAACCAGAAGGUGGUGGCAAACUAUAUAAUAUGAAGUGUAAUCAAAGUAUCAGGCAUCAUUAAACUGUGUGUAAAUGCUUGUGAAUAUUGUAAAUAAGUCUUGUUAUGAAACAGCAUGGGGGCUUAUCAUGAUGUGUGCAUAUUGUCAAAAUACGCAAAUUAGUGAUUGUCUGAUUUACUUAUGUUACCCUCUUUAAAAAUAUGUAUAUAUGUAUGUAUACUUUUUACCUGUGCCUUUUCUUUUUGGUCAAUGCACUGCAGCCGUUUGUUUCGCUGCGCAUGCAUUGAUGUCUGUGUAAGUUGUGUCAGAGAGGAAGUGAAGGUCAUAGGUCGCAUGCUUAGGCAGUCAUAUUGGAUUUUUUUUGAAAAUUUUGGUCAAUUUUUAAAAAUCUUCUCUGGAAGCUCUUAUGGUGGAGAUGUGAAUCUCGGUGCAGUAGACUACUCUUCUGGCCCAGAUUUAGCUGUGUUCAAGAGAAGUCGAUUGGUCACUUGAUUUGCCGGCCAUAUUGAAUUUGUUGAAAAUGUUGAACGGCUUCUGCAAAACUAGCUUAUAACACCUUGGAGAACGCAGAUAGGGUCAUGGUUACUAUGGGACACAUAUAGAAACCAAUGUAUGCUCUCAUAAAAAAGUCCUUUCCUGUGACGUCUGACUUCCUAAUGUAAAACUGCCUACAACUACUUAGAAAGUGCAAACAGAGUACUAGUCACCAGGGAACACAUAUUUUAGCUUUUUGCUGCAAUUCUAAAUUUGUGGUAAUGUAUUUUAAUGAACAAGACGGCACCAUUUAACAACAUAACAUGCACAUGUCCUCUGUGAUGUUCCACACUGAGAUCCACGCUGCUACUGCAAAGUGGAUCAUAUAAGGGAGUUCCACCACUUUGAAAAUCCCAGUUUAACCAUGGUGUCCAUUACUAAAGUGAACUGUAUGGAUAGCCUACACCACAGUGGUACUGGUAAUGUGAAGUUUGACAAAAAAUAAGGGCUAUGGGAAGUGAAGUCUACAACUGAAUUAAGCUCACCGUUUGCAUGAAAGGCAACCAAUCAAAAUGCUUACAUUUACAAUAACACCUUAGAAGCCGAUUGCAACUUUUAGUACCUAUUGUAAACCAC